AUGCAUUGUUUUUGGCAAGAGCCCAAGUAAACUUCAUUUAAUUGUUAUUAAAUGAUUAAUAUUUUUUUAUGAUCAAAAAUUUAUGUCAUUGUGAGAAAUGGGCCUUCUUAAUGAUUCAAAAAGCAGAAAGAAAACGUCUGCUUUUCUUAUUCAGCAUUCAAACAAAUUGAUAAUCCUUAGUUUUCUUUGUGGAAUUGUGUGGUUUGCAGCAUUGGCGUCUGAUGUUUUCAAUAACAAAACUUAUUUUUCUGAAAAUGCUCUACUUCCAGGUCUUGUUGUUAGAGAAUUUAAUCCAAGGUCAGCACUCUCACGUUUAUUAGAUGCUCUGAAAGAAGAAGCAUCUACUCAUCCUUCAGACAUACUACCUUCAGCAAUGAUUUUAGGUCAAUUUCGACAACUUGGACUCGAUGUAUAUGAAAAUAAUUUCACAGUUAAUUAUCCUUUAGGUUCAAAGCCAGUUUUUAUAGGCAAUAAUCUAUAUGCCGUUUUGAGAGCUCCAAAAGUGGCUAGCACUGAAGCUAUAGUUAUUUCAGUUCCUUAUAGAGAUUAUAAUAGCAUUCAUGAAAAUACUCUACCUUCGAUUGCUUUGAUGAUAGAACUUGCCCAAGCAUUCCGAAGACAUGCUUACUGGAGUAAAGACAUUAUAUUUCUUGUUACACAAUUUGAAAAUAUUGGUUUUCAAGCUUGGUUAGAUGCUUAUCAUGGUGUUUCUACAUCAGAAUAUAUCAAAAGUGAAAAACUUCAAAGUACUAGUGGACUGAUACAAGGUGUUAUAAAUCUUGAAAUUAGUGAUUACUAUUUUUCUCAUGUUGACAUUAAAAUUGAAGGUUUACAUGGCCAAUUACCUAACUUGGAUCUCUUUAAUUUAGUUGUCGAAUUGUGCAAUCGUGAAGAAAUAAUGACAUCAUUUCAAUCUCGGUUCAAUUACUAUCCUUCAAAAAUUCUAACAUGGAAAAGUUGGUGGCAUAAUUUCAAUACAAUGGGCCGCAUGAUUUCCUUGCAAGCCACAGGACUUCCAUCUGGUGGCCACGGACUAUUUCAUCGUUUUGGUAUUCAAGCAUUAACUUUAAAAUCCGUGACUGACAAAAGAUCAGGUCGUGAGUCUGUUUCUUUAAUACAAAUAGGAAGAGUGUUAGAAGGUACUAUAAGAAGUUUAAAUAAUUUACUUGAAAAAUUUCAUCAAUCCUUUUUCUUUUAUUUGUUACCAAGCACUCGAAGUUAUAUAUCCAUUGGAUUGUAUAUGCCACCAUUUGCUCUAAUUGCAUUACCUGUAUUGAUAAAAGCUCUUUAUCUGUAUUUAAAUAUUCAAACUUCAGACUCUAAUAAUCGCAUAUGUCCAAAUGAAAAUAAUAUUCAUUAUUCAAUUGCUUUUGACACGUUUAGUUUACAUUUACUUUUUGGCAUGAUGAUGCUCUUUUUUCCCAUGUCUCUGGAUUAUAUAAGAAUGUUAUUACCAUUUUCAACAAAAGACUUAUUAUAUUUUAUUUUAUUGAAAAUAGUGUUUUUAUGGCAGUUAGUGACUUAUUUUUUUAAUACUCAUUAUCAAGUAACAAAGACUGAAUUCCAUUUUAAAAUGUGCACAAUCUUGUUGAUGUUGGGUGGAUUUCUGUAUACUUUAGCAUUGGUAAAUAUUUCACUAGCAUUAAUAUUAUCUUUAUUGUUUGUUCCAAUCAGUGUAACUCUACAAUGUAGAGGGAAAUUAUCAUUCUUACAAUAUGUUUACUUAAUUCUUAUCAAUCCAUUAGUGUUUACAUACUUUAUUGUUAUUGCUCAGUCAUAUAUAAACGAUAGUAAUGCUCUUUUGUGGACGCAUCUAAAGCGUGCUAUAGAAGGACAUAAAAACUUAUUAUUAUACACUAUAGAGGAUAUGUACUUCUUUGGUAAUUGGAAUUUCAAAAUUUUAACCUUAAUUGUGUUACCAUUAUGGCAAAGUUUACUGUCAAUAAAAAUAUUAAAAAUAAAGUGAAACACAUACGCAUAUAUAUCCUUUUAAAAUUGGACAUCUAAUUCUUUUCAGUAUAUAUAUAUAUAUAUAUAUAUAUUGCACUGUUUAACUUUUAUGUGUAAAUGUAAUGAUAACUGUCACUUUUCUGUUAUGAGUAAUAGUAAAAAUUUUGUUAAAUAUAGCAUUUUUAUUGUUACAAAAUUAUUACCCUUUUCUGCACUAGAUAACUAGUCUCACUUACCUAAACUCUAAUAGCUACUGCACUAAUAAAAAAAGCAUGUUAUUAUUAGAAUAAUAUCAGAGUUUCACAUAUUUAAUAAUAAAAUUGCAGUUGAAUUCUAGUUUAAAGUCCCCUGCACUUCAUCAAGAAUACGAAAUUGCCAAAGUCAAAACUCCAGAUGGCUGACAACAAUUGCUUUACAGCAUUGUUUAUCUGGCCAGUUAUAUGGAUUGGCAACUUGAUAUCCUUAGCAAGGUGAUUAAUUAUGUUUAUUCAAAAUUGCUAGCUAUCAUAUGUGCUUGUAAAAUUGUUUAAAAAUAAUACCAUACAGUCAUAGAAAAUGAUCAUAUUUUCUUUCUCAUUUAUUUUCUGAUCAUUAAUUUUCAUAUGAAUUAAAAUUUUAAUUUUUCAAUUUAUUAAAUAGCUUUUUAUUUAUUUAAAGAAGUACUUUGCUGAUACAAAAUUUUGAUUAUAAUUUGAUGCAUGUUUUUUGGAUUUUUAAAAUUUCUUCUUAAUAGAACACAGAGAACACAUUUAGAACACAGAGAAAUAAAAGUAUCUUCAUAUAUAACAUUUUAUAAUUCUAAUAUUAUAAUUGGAAGUUAAAUCAUAUGCAGUUUGAUUUUUCCUGAAACAGACAUUGGCAUGUUAAUUUUUUAAUAAUAUAUUAAUUUGAUUUCCAGUAUAAUUAAAAUUAGAUUGAUUUUAUAUAAUGUAUUAGAUAAAGUUGUUGCAGAUUAAAAAAAAUUUUCUUUGAAAAAAAUUAUUUAUUUUUUGUUUAAACAGAUAUAUAAAAUUUUUGAAAUUUUUUCAAAAUAAUCAAUAAUGAUGUUAUAUGAGUCUACCCUUUUUUUUCCCCUUCUAUAUUCUUUUUCUUCUUGUAGCAUGCUCAAAUAAUUCUAAAAUAAAAAUCUAUCUUCUAUUUAUGACUUUAUUGUAUUGGUCUCAUGAUUUUAUUGUUAAAAUCCAUCAUUAAUAUAUUUAAUACCAUCAUCAAAGAUUUAUUUUUCUCCAUUUCUUAACUUGUAGUUGGAAUAUAGUAGGAAUAUAUAAUUAGAUUCUAAGAAAAAUUUUAGAAAUGAGUAUUGUUUUAUAUUUUAUAACUUAAGGUUUAUAAAAAUGCAUUGGAUGGCAGCAAUGAAUGUAAUUUAAUUGUUAUUUCUGGCUAUUUUUAUUGCUACCCAGGUUGAGAGUUAGUUUUAGUAACAGAAAGGAAAAAUAUUUUUAAAGUAAAAAUCAUCUUCUUGUACCUACUCCCAUGAAAUGAUUUGUACUCCUCUCCCCUAACUAAACAUUAAUCUAAAUUUUUGAUGCAACCUAUGUUAAAUACUAUUAUCUAAAUCAAAGCUUUUUCAAUUUUCUAAGCUGAGGCAAAAAGUUUGAAAUAAACUUAACCAAGUUAUUUAGUAGAGUUUUGGGUAUGCUCAGCUAAAAUCAAAACUCAAAUAAUAUUAUUAAAUAGUAGAACAUUAAUAUUUACAAUACAAACAAAUUAUAAUAAACUGUAAACUGAAGUCCACUCUUUUAUCUUGCUGGUCCUUCCCAAACUUAUUCUCCUUCAAGCUUUUCUUUCAAAAUUUUUAUUUAGCCCUUUCCUUCAAUUAACAUCUAGUAUGCAAUUCUAGUUCAUAAAGAAAUAGCUAGACUUGAUGACCCUACCAAGAAAAGGGUAUUUGAAGAUAUCAUGGGAUUUUUUUUUAAAUCUUUAACUAUCUCAUUUUUUAAAAAAUCUUUAAUAAUCAUUAUUAAAAGUCAAUUUGAUUUAAUUUCUUUUAACUAAAUUAUCAGAUAACUGUCUUUGGAAAAAAUUUCUUUUUGUGUAAUUUAGUUUAAGAAUAUUUGUCACUCUUCAAAAACUAAAAUAUAUAAUUUUUUGAUUUAAAGUGGUUAUUUAGCAAUUAUUAAUAAAAGGUUUUUCAUCUAAAUAUUUUCUAACUCUUUUAAUUAAGAAUAAUUAAAAAUCUGAAAUGGUUUUUAACCCUACAAUUUUUUAUAUGUCAAUUAAUUUGGUGUUUCAACUCCCAGUUUAAAUUGGCGACUGUUCUAAAACUGUUAAUUUUAAUGCAUUGUUCUGAAUUAAUGACUUUUAACAUUUUAUUAUUUAAUCUCAUAAUGAAUCUUUAAUAUCCCUUUGCAGAACAAAAAUUCAUGUGCAGUUCUAAAAAUGAAAUAAAACAUGAAAAAUAUCUUUCUAAAAUUUAUAUUUUUCUAAAUUUUAUUUAUCUUAGACAAAUUUGUAAAAUGUGAUGGAUAAAAUAAAUGAUAAGAAUGUAUGAAAAUUUUCAAUUCUCCUUGUAUUUGUGAAUUCCUGUUAGUAAACUUUAAAAGAUGCAUAAUUUCAAAAUGAGAACAAUUGUCUGAAUAUUUAUAUUACAUUUUGUUAUUAUUCAGCAUGUUGUUUAAGAGAAACUAGCAAUAUUUAAUUCAUAUUUGUGU